ACAAUUUUCAAUUUUGGACGAAAAACCUCUCACACCUUUCACACGGUAAAGCCGUGUCGAAUCAAAAUCCCGUGAAUUCUAUAUUAUUAAUUAUAUGCGAAUGCUUGAAAUUCCAACCCCCAUGAAACUUGAAAGCUCAAAACUUGAAUUGAAAUCCCAAUCUUCCCUAUAAGAUAUGCCUACGCUUUUUUGUGCGACUGGUUUUGUAAGAAUGGAGGUAAUCGGGUGAGCUUUUUGCUUGGAAAAAUUCGCUGAGAGGAGAUGAAGAAUUUGGUAGGGAGGCCGGGGUCGUUGAGUGGGCUUGUAUUGAGGCUAGGGCAAUGUGCAUUUGCUGCUGCGGCGAUUGGGGUGAUGGUUAGUGCUUAUGGAUUUAGUGGGUUCACUGCCUUCUGCUAUUUAAUUGCAUCAAUGGGGCUUCAAGUUCUGUGGAGCCUUGGACUUGCAUGUCUUGAUAUUUAUGCUUUGACAAGAAAGAGGGAUCUUCAAAAUCCAGUCCUAGUGAGCCUGUUUGUUGUAGGCGAUUGGGUGACCGCUACUUUAACCCUUGCAGCUGCAUGCUCAUCAGCAGGGAUUAUAGUUCUCUAUUCAAGAGACUUGGGUAUCUGCAAGCAUGAUCCUCAUAUCCCGUGCGACAAAUUCCGGAUGUCUAUAGCAUUUGCUUUCAUCACCUGGGCUUUUACCGCCAUAUCAUCUCAUGUGAUGUUUUGGAUUUUGUUAGCCUCAGUUUAGAUGACUCAGGCCCUGCAGAUCACACUUUUGCAUUACACCUAUUAUUAAUUUUUACUCCAAUGCUCAUGUUUUUCUAAUUCACCUUAAUUUUUGUGAAACUUUCAGGAUCCAUCCUCUUCAGUUGCCUCUAUUGUUUAAAUUACACAUUCUUAUCCCAGUAUUAGUUUAAAUUCCAUCUUAACUCGUUUCUGUCUCUUGCACCCUAGUGGCAUAACCUUCAUCUCAACCUCUUUCAAGUGAAUAGUCUAUGAGUCUCCUCCAAAUAUAAUCAAGCUUCACAUCUUCGAGAAAUUUCAGUCAGUCUAACCAGUUAAAUCCGGAAAACAAUUGGGACUUGCAUUCCUCUGUUGUUGCAACGGACAUCUAUGAAGUAGGACGGUGCCAGCUAUCAUCCAAGGGCCUAAAAUGUGCAGCCACAUUCACACCUGGUAUGCAUAUCUAUUCUGAUGUGAAACCUAUUAGGUUCUUUCCAGCCACAGGUGUACAAAGUACCAUUCAUUGUCUAGCUUUUCAAAAAGUUCAACCUCUGCGAUCAGGCAUUUCUGCUUGGGCCUGCUUUGCUCCAACUUCCAGUCAUAUUAUUGAGUUUCUGGGAUCACUUGUAUCAUAUGGUAGGCCUGACUUGGUUCUUUGCCUCUUAUUUUUCUUUGCCUUUUCUCUUUUUUUUUUUUUUUUCUUUCUUUCUUUUUUUUUUUGCCUGCUAUGAGUUGUAUCUGUUUGCAGCAUGCAAAAUGUAUGGAUUGUCGAUAAAUUUGGAUGAGGUCCGAACUCUGGACAAGGACAGGACUCAUGUUUAAUUGUGCGAGAUUAUUUGAAAUUUGAAACCUCGAUUUUGAGAAA